GCGUCUACUGAUUGGCCGUAAGUAUGAAUGGCUCACGGCUUACCAAUAGCAUCAAUGGGACGGUAGGAGGGGGUGACGUUACUAAAGAGUAUAGCACGAUAUACACACUUGGGACACAUAGAAGCAAUUUAAACGUCAGGGGCCCUAUGCCAGCCUCGUCGGCGUUUGAAUUCGCACCGUAGAACCAAUAAGUUUACCCCUAGUUAUGGGGCUAAUGAAGUUUUUCAAAGCGUUGAGAAACCAUUGGAAGAAAUCUACAGUUGCUUUGGCCGCGAUAUCGUAUGGUGUUUCGUACGGCGUGGAACGUUAUGAGAAAGAGCAGCUUAUGCGGAGGUACUGUGAGGAUGCUGUCCGGUAUGGAGAUAUGCCGCUGCCUACGCAGCUGAAACCAAGGCAUGUCACUGUCAUUUUAAAUCCAGCCGCCAAUAAAAGAAAAGCAAAAGAUUUGUUGGAAAAAUACUGUGAACCCUUGUUGCAUCUGGCUGGGAUAGCAGUUACUAUAGUUCAGACAGAAUCUGAAGGCCAGGCUCGAAGUUUAGUUGAGAAGUACAAUACUCAAACAGAUGCCCUUAUUGUAGCAGGUGGGGAUGGCACAUUAACGGAUGUUGUCACUGGCGUGAUGCGGCGAUGCAAUGCAGAUAUUAAUAUUGUUAAAAAAUGCCCAAUUGGCAUUUUGCCUCUUGGACAAACUAACAAAGUUGCCAAUUCACUAUUCAAUGGAUAUGCAGAUUUGCCAGAGAUACAUGCUAUGGCAGAGGCUACAAUGGCGAUUGUCAGAGGUACUACAAAAUUGGUUGAUACAAUACGGAUCGAACCACUUGAGCAAAAUACUGAAAAUUCUAUUAAACCGGUUUAUGCAAUUGGCAGUAUGGAAUGGGGUGCAUGGCGUGACGCUUAUACCAAUAUGAACAAAUAUUGGUACUGGGGAUCACUUCGAAGAUAUGCUACGUAUGUAUUCAAUGGUUAUAAAAAUGAUCUGAGCUGGGAUUGUAAAGCUGAUUUGCAAUACUCAGAUCCCUGUAGCGGAUGUUCACGCUGUUGGCAAAAACAACAGAGCAGUCAUUUGACUUCAAAUGAUAGGCGUUGGUGGCAUUCUUUCAUACCCCAAAGAAAUCCAUCUACCGCUCCUGAAAUCGAUUAUAGUAACGUGAUAAACGAAUCAUGUGGAACACUUCAUGCAAUUCCGAUAUCCACAACGCAAUUAGAAAUUGUAACCAGCAACAUCGAGCCCAAUAGCCCUGAAGCUGCACCGAUGAUACACCUGCAUUUGGGUCCAGCAAACAUAAGUUAUUUAGAUUUUGUAAAGGAGGGAUGGAGGCGAGCCAACGGCAACAAAAAGUCUGUCGAACGCACUAUAGAUGCUAAAGAAAUUGAAUUACGGCCCCAUGAAAGUGUCAUAAAGGAGGAACAAACCAAGAUGUUUUCAAUAGAUAACGAGGACUUUGAGGUGAAAUCGAUCAGAGUGAAACUACUGCCGAAAAGUGUAACAAUGUUCUGUGCACAGUCUGUAAAUAACGCUGUAAGCUAGUAUUAAUAAAAACUUACCAAGUA